AUGAAAGUAGCACUAGAUGGUAAAAUUCUGCCUACAAGCAGGACUGAUAACCUGUUUGCUCUAAUUUUGAUAAGAAUCUUAACUCUGUUCUUUAUUUCUAGUCGAGGAACAUCAAGAUCAACACUCAAUGCAAAGCUACAAUUAUGUUAUACAGUAGGACUUGACCAAAAUGAUAUAGAAAUUGAAGAUAAUUCGACCAAUAAGUAUAUCGAUGAAGAAAAAGCCGCAAUAGAAAAGUUCAAUGCUGUAAUAGCCAUUCCAAAUAUUCUUGUAUUUUACGCUAUAGAGAAUAAAAUAAUAGAGAAUCUUAACGCUAUGUUACUACAAGCUCAGUCGAAUCCAUUAUUAUCGAGUUAUGCCAUGAAAAUACUACAAGAGGGUAGCCUCAAAGUCGCAAAUACGGAUUUAAAAAGUAAAAAUUCCACAUAUACAGAUGCUAUCAAUGAUAAAGAAUACAUUAAAGCUUAUAAUGAAGCGCUGCAAGAUGGACAAUGUCGUAAUGAUUUUACUAAAAUUAUCUUUGCCGGUCCUGAAAGUGUGGGUAAAACGACUAUUAUGAACGUAUUUACAAAUCAAGGAAUAAUUAUUAGCGUAAGCCAAACUGAGAUUAUCGACGACACCGGCAGAUAUGUUAAUCUUAUUGUAUAUAAUAUCUUAGACAAGAAGAUUUAUCACUUCCAGAUAGUAUUGUAUAGGAAAGUGUUAGCAGCUAUACAAAAAUUCAAGACAAAACUGAAUAUUGUACCUAAUAUCAACCCAGAUAUCCAAGUUAGUAAAGUAGAUCGUCAAAUACAGACGAUAGAAACAGACACAUUUAUUAGCACUGAUAAAAUAAAGUCGGUAAUUAGCGAUAAUCGACCUAUGGCUAUCGAUACCCUUGUAUCUACUGUCUCAAUAACACAAAAAAUCCACAAAAUCUUAAUGUACGAAGAUUUUAUGCGAUCUAUAAUCGAUAUGAAAGGCGAAAUAGUAGAUGACGAUAAUCAAUAUGGUAAAUUAGUCGAUUUCGGAGGUCAAGCUGUCUAUCAUGUUACGCAUCGUCCGUUUCUAUCUGGAAAUAGUAUCUAUAUUUUAGUUUUUAAUAUUACUCGUGAUUUCGAUGACUUUGUUAUUGAUAGAGAAGGAAACCCAACUAAUAUGACUUAUCGAUAUGCUAUGCAAGAAUGGCUUACAUCGAUUAUUGGUAGCCAUGAUGGCGAUGAGACUGUCCAAGUAGAAAUUGAUGGUAAAUUGCAACAAUAUUCUUUACCAGUUGUCAUCUUAGUAGCAUCUCAUGGCGAUCAAAUACAAGAUUGUCAAGAGCGUCAACGUAGAUUUAAGGCGUUUGAGAAUUCUAUUAUUGUAACAAUGCCUAUCUAUAAAUCUAAUAUAUGCUUUUCAGACAUCAUAUUUCAUUGCGAUCCCGAUGAUAAAUCUUCAGCGGCUAUCGAGCAACGUCGACAGACUACGUUACAGUUACAUGAAUUAAUAAAGCGAAUCGUGUCUAGUUUACCUUUUAUGAAAAAAUCGAUUCCGAUUCGAUGGUAUAUUAUGGCAUCUAUAUUGCAUACAUCAGUUAAUGACAUAAGCAGACAAGCCGCAUCAACAACACAGUUUAAUCGUAUUAUUAAUAGAAUUCAUAAUAUUAUGACAUUGGAAGAAGUAAAGCAGUUAGCUAUAGAUUGCGAGUUAUAUGAAAACGAUGAGAAAUUGCGUAGUAUGUUAUUAUACUUACAUGAUAUAGGCGAUAUUGUAUAUUGUCGUAAAAAAGGCGUAGAAGAAAUGAUUGUAACUAAUCUCGAUUGGCUACUCAAUAUAUUUCGAUCGAUUAUUAAACUCGAUAAACGCGAAUAUAAGGCCACUAAUGUAAGAGAAUCUUAUAAUCAAGCUUAUCAGACUGGAAAAAUAUCUGAAGCGUACAUUGAUAAUAUUGUAGUAGAUUUCGAAUUGAAAAAGAAAGAGAAAGAUUUCGUGUUACAAUUAAUGGAUAGUUAUAAUAUUAUCUGUAAAAUUGAGGAUCAACAUGAUAGUCUUGAUAACAAAGAAUGUCACCAGCAAUAUUUUAUACCUUAUCUACUUAAUUCAUCUGUUGGUACGUUAGAUCUAACAGAUUAUCGUGUAUCAGAUUGGCUAUACAUUGGAUACGACGAAAAAGUUAUACCGUAUAUUCCUGACGGUAUAUUUUAUUGCCUUUUAUCGGCUUGUUUAAAAGUGUGGAAUAACUCAAGAGUAAAAGUUUAUUAUCGAUGUGCUAAAUACUACAUACCUGAUUAUCAAUGUCAGAUUGUUGUUAAGAAAGAAGAAUCUCGUAUUAGCUUACUCUAUUGCUAUCAGAAAUAUCCGAAAGAAAUUGCGUCUCGGAUUGAGAAUAAUAUCGGUAGUUGGAUUAGUAAGAUACAACCACAUAUAAUAAUUAGAGAUAAACUAAACGAGACAAUUAAUGAAAGAAUGCCAAAGUUUAAAUCAGCACAAAGUAGAUUUUAUGUUAGAUGUAAUGAAUGUAGUAAGAUGACAGAAAUAGUGGAUAGUUAUUUCGCGGAUAGUGUAGAUAUUAUUCGUUGUGUUUUAUGUGAGAAGUUUUUUAAAUCGAAGCCUACACGUGACUGGAUGCUUCUUAGAAAGGAAAGAUUAACAAAUACAUACGGUGGGUAA